AUGGAAGACGAUGAACAACUAGUAGAGAACGCGCGAGAUUCUGGUAUUUCACGAACGUUUGACCUCUCAGAGCAAAGCUUGAAAUUCAUCAGGACAUUUCUUCGAGGAUUUGGAAGUGGAGCCGCUCUGUAUGCGGGCUUUAAAGUUGUGGGGGCGCUCACCAGGAAUCCGUUUCGGAAAGGAAUCCCCAACAUUCUGACGUUACUACGCCGAGAUUACAAGGACUUGCUGCGGUUUGCUGGUUUUCUGGCCCUCUACCCCAGCGUCUAUCACCUGUGUGUCGAUCUUCUCAAAUACUACAGACAGAAACAGGAUGGAUGGACACACAGCAUUGCAGGGGGCGUGGCCAGCUUUACGGUGAUCGUAGAGAAUGAUUCCAGGAGGACGUUCAUGACCUUCUUCGCAAUUGCACGUGCUCUUGGUGCGGGACUGUCAACGCUGGUUGCCAGGGAAACUAUUCCAGCAAUUCCUUUCUUCGAUAUUAUGACGUUUUCGGCUUGUGGAGCUUACAUUGUGUAUUCUGCUGCCGUAAAACCGAGCAAUCUCUCCGAGGGGUACUACAGGUCAUUACUGAAAUGGUCACGUGGUUUCACCGACGCUAGUCUGGCUCGAAUCUACCGGUUACCCGGGGAUCGAUUUAUUUCGUGCCAAGAAGCAGGGAUGCAUUCCGACACUUGUACAAAGCACGCGUUAAAAGAUUUCUUCCAGAGUCUGCUGCCGUUUGCCAGUUUAUACCUGCCAAUACAUCUUACUCCGAUCCUUGUGUUUAGGCGGAAACUAUUAAUAGAACGGCCGAAGAAGACCGCACUAUCACUUGUGAAAAACCUCUUCUACUCCAGCGCGUUUCUUUCAUCCAUGGUGAUGCUAGCCAAAUACACGAUGUGUGUUCUUCGCAACUUCGAAGGGAAACCGCCGCCAGCCGCCGGGUGGAUCCCGUCAGUAGCAGGAGUCGUCUGUGGACUGAGCUUACUGUGGGAGAGGGUGAACCGGCGGAAAGAGCUGGCCAUGUUCCUCAUCCCGCACACGCUGCUGGGCAUCUACAAGAUGGGUCUGAAGUCCAGCCCCAGGCUGGUGUCUUCCAGUCCUCUCAUUGUAAUGCUCCUCUUCGCAGUGUCCAUGAUGACGCUGAUGCACGCCUAUGAACGGCAGCCAGGGUCGCUGACGCCUCUGCUGGGAGGAUUGUUGAAGUAUUUUGUUGGAACAAGAAUUACUGUUUUACCACACACCAAACACGAAUGAUAGAACUAAGAAACAUAGAAGGUGAUCAUGUUAGAUUUUUGGUCAAAUGUAGUGAAAUACUCGAACGCCCAUGCUUGGCGUCUUGCUGAAGUAUUUUCUUGGAACAAGAAGAACAUGCGAAGAGUUUUGCAUUAUCUAGUUGGAACAAAGAAAAUUGCUUUACCAGGUGACACGUGAUAGAACUAAUUAUAAGAAACGCAGGCUAAUUACAGUUGAUAAUGUUGUAUCUUUCUGUCUACAAUCUAACAGUCUAAGGCCCAAAACACACCGAUACCGGAUCUGGGUCUGACGAGUACUGUUGGAAUACAGAAGACAACUGAAAGUGAUAUUACCAAGAAAUAUGCAAACCAGCCAUCUUCUAUGCUUGGUGACAGUUUAAAUGACGCUUUUGCCGAGUGAAUUUAUCAAGGGUUUUUAUCCUUCUUGUUUUUUUUUACCAACAAAAACAUCAGAAAAUUAAUUAAGCACUAGAAAAGCAUUUAUAAGUAGUUGUCCGUGCUGACGGAAUUUAAACCUGAUAUUCAGUUUUUGCACAUUCUGUAUCCGCUGGCUAUUUACCGAGAUGGCAUGAAUAAAUGAUGAGAAGUACAUCAUUGUGAUUACAGUUUCAUAGUUAAUUAUCAUACAUUUUCAUGAAUAUUUAUGAUUUCUGGGGUGUUUUUCCACUAUGAUAGGCCUACAUUAAAUAUACUGAUGUAAUGACAGUAUCACUUGCUGUCAAUCUCUGGAUACACAGAACAUGACUUUCAGUGUUUUGAAUGCACGAAAUGCCCACAAUUACCUGAAAACUGUAAGCCACACACACACGUACGUACGGCGAAAACUAGGAGGUGCUUAAUCAAUUUACAGACCUGUGUAUAUUUUACCAGAUAACAAAACGAAAACAUGUUACUAGGAAAGUUAGAUGACCAUGUUGUGUGUCUUAGUUGUGGUAAUACAGUCUUGGACUAUCUUAAGGUGUAUCGAAUAACUAGGAUAAUCUUAAUCAUAAUUACUCACAAGUGUAUUCUGGGAAAUAAAUCAGCAUUUCAGUCAUUGUUGAAAUAUGUGUUCCUCCUAUGAAAUCGGCUCCUACAGCUUUAAAACUAGCUUUCGGUAUUUUUGUUUUCCAUAACAAUGGAUAAACAAAUAAAGGGGAAGGGAUGAAAUGUUCUGUCUCACAAAUUUUUUAC